AUGACUCAACAACAAGGGCAGAAUGUGAUGCGAAGGAAGCUGGUAAUUAUUGGCGACGGUGCCUGCGGAAAGACAAGUCUUCUCAGUGUCUUCACCCUGGGAUAUUUUCCUACAGUGCCUACGGUAUUCGAAAAUUAUGUCACGGACUGCAGAGUAGACGGAAAAUCUGUGCAAUUAGCACUGUGGGAUACAGCAGGUCAAGAAGACUAUGAAAGAUUACGGCCUUUGGCGUAUUCGAAAGCACACGUUAUUCUGAUCGGCUUUUCCAUUGAUACACCAGACUCACUAGAUAACGUGAAACACAAGUGGGUCGAAGAAGCCAAUGAACGCUGUCCCGGAGUUCCUAUCAUCCUUGUUGGCCUGAAAAAGGACCUCCGAGAAGACCCCGUGGCUCAAGAAGAAAUGCGCAAGAAGUCACUGCAUUUCACGAGCGAGAACGAGGGAACAAAUGCGGCUCGGGAAAUAGGUGCACGGAAGUACCUGGAGUGCUCCUCUCUGACCGGCGAAGGAGUGGAUGAUGUGUUUGAAGCUGCGACUCGAGCAGCCUUGCUCACUUUCGAGAAGAGCGAAAGAGGAGGAUGUUGCGUGAUCUUAUGA